AUGCCAUCAGCAUCAUCUGAUCGCUAUUCAGGAGUUUCAUCGUCUUCUGCUUCUUCUACUUCAUCGACAAAUUGUUAUAAUAAUUCUAAUAGUUAUUCUUUAUCACAAACAUCGUCUUCUACAUUUUCACCACUUCGUUCUGCUACAUCAUCACUUCACCUGUCGAAAUUAAUCAAUAAAGAUUAUCGAUCCAUGCAAUCAUUAAAAAUUCAAAAACAACAUCAAACAAAUAGAACAUAUCAUACGCCUAUAGCACGUGUAUCACCAUUAAUUAAUAAUCAACAAUUAUCAUCGUUAGAACAACAUCAACAAAAAGACUAUCAUACAAAAGAUCAAAGUUGGCUUAGUUGUGAAGAACUUGAAACAAUUGAAAAACGUUUUACUGAUCUUCUUCAUGAAAUAUCUAAUAAAAAAACACAUGAUUAUCAACAAUAUGAACAACGUGCAAAAAGUUGUGAUAGAUUAACACACGAUGAAAAAAACUAUAAGUCGACAACAUUGUCUAAUUCUCGUAAAUCAUUAUUUGAUAAAACGAAAGAUGAAAAUCGACAUUUACGUUCAGAAACUUUUCAUCAUUCAACAAUUCUUUCCGAUGAUGAUAUUCUUAAAGUUGAAUUAUCAUAUCGAAGUAUUGGUACACAAGUAUAUGCAUGUCGUUGUCUAUGUGAUUUAUAUAUAACAACAGCUGAACGUUUAUCUAAACUUGAAGAUUGGAUUUUAUUUCAACAUGGUUUACCUGUAUGGUUACUUAAUUCUGGUACGAAUCCAAAACGUCAAUCAUGUUUAUCUCUGAUUAUUGCUGAAUAUGGUUCUGGUUUUCCUAUUUGGCAAGAUACUAUCGAUGGACAUAGUGAUGUUAAACAAGCACGUGAACAACAUAUAACAUUUCGUUUAUCAGAUAAAACAACACUUGCCGUACUUCGUUUUCAUAAUUUAACAGCAUCACAAGAAUUUUUUUCUUAUUAUAUAUCUAUACGAAAUGAUCAUCGUUAUAAACAUCUUUUUUCUAAUGGACAUAAUCGAAGUUCAUCAUGUGGUUCGAUAUUAAGUAAUAAAAAAAAAUCUCAACGUCAUGUUAAUAAAUCAUCUAUAUCAAAUCCUUGUCAAUUUCAACAUAUAACACGUUUACAAGUUAAAGAUUAUGUUCAUUUAACAUCACUUAGUCAAUGUUUAAUGUCUGCUGAUACUUAUUCAAAUCAACUAUUAUGA